UCUCAUUUCUCAUACACAUUCCUCUGCUCAUCUUCUCCCCCCCUCUCCCGUUUCUUUUUCUUCUGAUCAUUAGGGCUCUUCCAUUUUCAACUUCUUCACCACCCCUCUCAUGUUUCUCACGCUCUCUCACUCUCCUCCCCCUUUUUUUCUUCUUUUCUUUCUUCCCUCUUCGUCUUCUUCUUCUUCUUCUUCUUCUUCUCCUUCUCCUUCUCCUUCUACAUGUUUCUCUGCUGCUUCGCCACCGCAUUCAUUCUCCCCUGAUUCCUCCCUUUCUUUCUAAUGCUCUUUCUCUGUCCCCCAUACCCAUUCCAGCCAUCCCCAUGUUUCUCUACUUCAACUUCCCUAACUGAUUACCUUUCCUUUCUGGACCAGAGUAAAGGGGGGGGUACUGUUCUGAAUUUUGAGCUGAGUCUCUGUUUUACAGGUCGUCAUUUUGCAACCCCAUUUGCCAUUUUUCUUUCGUUUCACGAGUUCUAAGGUUUAGAAACUGAGUUUUUACUGUUACCCAUUUUCUAUUUGGGGUUUUUAUGCUCUGAAAUUGAAUCCCCAUCAACCUCUCUUUUGGUUUCUUUGUUGGGGUUUUCGUCUUUUUUAGCUUGGGGUACUGUGGGUUUUGGACGAAAUGGCCAUGGCUAUAGCUCAUCAUAGAGAGAGUAGUAGUGGAAGUAUAACCAGGCAUCUUGAUAGUUCUGGGAAGUACGUUCGUUACACAGCAGAACAGGUGGAGGCUCUUGAGCGAGUCUAUGCUGAGUGCCCCAAGCCAAGUUCUCUUCGACGUCAGCAGCUUGUGCGGGAUUGCCCAAUUCUUUCCAACAUAGAGCCCAAGCAGAUCAAAGUUUGGUUUCAGAAUCGCAGAUGUAGGGAGAAGCAAAGGAAGGAGGCUUCUCGGCUGCAAACGGUGAACAGAAAAUUGAAUGCGAUGAACAAGUUGUUGAUGGAGGAGAAUGAUCGGCUGCAGAAGCAAGUGUCGCAAUUGGUGUGUGAAAAUGGGUUUAUGAGGCAGCAAUUGCAAACAGUGCCAGCAGCAGCAACUACUGAUGCAAGCUGUGAUUCUGUGGUCACCACUCCUCAACCUUCUCGACGAGAUGCUAAUAACCCAGCUGGACUCCUCUCCAUUGCAGAGGAGACCUUGGCAGAGUUCCUUUCAAAGGCUACAGGAACUGCUGUUGAUUGGGUCCAGAUGCCUGGGAUGAAGCCUGGUCCGGAUUCUGUUGGGAUCUUUGCCAUUUCACAAAGUUGUGGUGGAGUGGCAGCAAGAGCCUGUGGUCUUGUAAGUUUGGAGCCUUCGAAGAUUGCAGAGAUCCUUAAAGAUCGUCCAUCGUGGUUUCGUGAUUGUCGAAGCCUUGAGGUUUUUACCAUGUUUCCAGCUGGAAAUGGUGGGACAAUUGAACUUGUUUACACGCAGGUAUAUGCUCCAACUACGCUUGCUCCUGCACGUGAUUUUUGGACUCUAAGAUAUACAAUAACUUUAGAAAAUGGCAGCCUUGUGGUUUGCGAGAGAUCUCUCUCUGGUUCUGGUGCUGGUCCUAGUGAAGCUGCUGCUGCUCAGUUUGUGAGAGCUGAAAUGCUCCCAAGUGGUUAUCUGAUUCGACCAUGUGAGGGUGGUGGGUCUAUCAUACAUAUUGUUGAUCACCUAAAUCUUGAGGCAUGGAAUGUUCCCGAGGUGUUGCGACCACUUUAUGAAUCAUCGAAAGUAGUGGCUCAGAAGAUGACAAUAGCAGCACUGCGGUAUGUUAGGCAAAUAGCCCAGGAGACAAGUGGUGAAGUGGUUUAUGGUCUUGGCCGGCAACCUGCUGUUUUGCGAACCUUUAGCCAAAGAUUGAGCAGGGGUUUCAAUGAUGCAGUGAAUGGAUUUAAUGACAAUGGAUGGUCGUUGAUCAAUUGUGAAGGUGCUGAGGAUGUGGUACUCACUGUGAAUUCUACGAAAAAUUUUGGCACAACAUCAAACCCUGCUAACUCCUUGACAUAUCCUGGGGGAGUUCUUUGUGCAAAGGCAUCCAUGCUACUCCAAAAUGUUCCUCCUGCUGUGUUAGUUCGUUUCUUGAGAGAACAUCGCUCAGAGUGGGCUGAUUUCAACAUUGAUGCAUACUCUGCAGCAACCCUUAAAGCCAAUUCAUAUGCAUAUCCAGGGAUGAGACCCACAAGGUUUACCGGUAGCCAAAUCAUCAUGCCACUCGGUCACACAAUCGAGCACGAAGAGUUGCUUGAAGUGAUUCGACUUGAAGGACAUCCUAUGGUACAAGAAGAUGCCUUUGUUUCAAGGGACAUUCAUCUUCUUCAGAUAUGUAGUGGAAUUGACGAGAAUGCUGUAGGAGCGUGUUCAGAACUCGUUUUUGCUCCUAUUGAUGAAAUGUUUCCGGACGAUGCCCCUUUGCUGCCUUCUGGCUUUCGAAUCAUCCCAUUGGAUUCAAGAACAAGUGAUGCUAAAGGUAGUCAACGGACUCUGGAUCUAACAUCGAGUCUUGAAGUGGGUUCUGGAACAAGCAAUACUGCUGGAGGAGAUGCAUCAUCAAGUCAGAGCGCUAGAUCGGUGUUAACUAUUGCAUUCCAGUUUCCUUUUGAAAGCAGCAUGCAGGAUAAUGUUGCAAACAUGGCACACCAGUACGUACGUAGUGUCAUUUCCUCGGUGCAGAGAGUUGCUAUGGCCAUAUCCCCAUCUGGGGGCGGUCCAGCACUAGGUCCAAAGCUGUCUCCUGGUUCUCCAGAAGCUCUUACUCUAGCACAUUGGAUAUGCAAGAGCUAUAGUUUCCAAUUGGGAACGGAGUUGAUCAAGUCAGAUUCCUUGGAAUGUGAUUCGCUUUUGAAAAAUCUCUGGAAUCAUCAGGAUGCAAUAUUGUGCUGUUCGCUGAAGCAGUCACUGCCUGUUUUCCUGUUUGCAAACCAAGCUGGACUUGACAUGUUGGAAACAACUCUAGUAGCUUUACAAGACAUCACCUUGGAUAAGAUAUUCGACGAGUCAGGUCGCAAAGCCUUGUGUGCUGAUUUCCCAAAGUUGAUGCAGCAGGGAUUUGCAUACUUGCCGGGAGGAAUCUGUGCAUCAACAAUGGGGCGACAUGUUUCAUACGAACAAGCUGUUGCAUGGAAAGUCCUCGAGGCAGAUGAAACAACAGUCCAUUGCCUUGCCUUCUCAUUCAUAAACUGGUCUUUUGUUUGAUUGUGAAGCCUUCUUCAAUGGCUCUCCUCGUCCUCAUCCAUUGGAACAGGAUGAAUGAAGAUGAAGAUGACUGUUUCAAUGUCUAAUGCAAUGCCUCUGCUUCCAAAGUAAUUUAUUUUAAAUUGUUAAUUAAUUGCUUUCCAUCUUUUUCUCUUCCUUUCAAUCCCCAUUUUGAUUCAUGUAAAUAUUGGCGAGCCCAUUAGAUUACAAAUACAUGACCCAUCAAGGAGGCAGUUUUGAAGCUUCAGUCUA